UAUUCGGAUGUAAUCGGGAAUGGCAGAACUUGAUGUGAAUCUUAGGUCUCCCUUUGCUCCAAUUCUAUGCAUUUCAAAAUGGAAACGUUGUGGUGUGUAUCAUGGAGUGUGGUAACUUUAAUAUUAAAUAAUGUUUUAUUAAUUAACGCUGGUGGCAAUACUUUAGUUUUGUUAGACAACCUAGCCAUCAGAGAAACUCAUUCUAUGUUCUUCAAAUCAUUACAAGAACGAGGAUACACGCUUACUUUCAAGUCUGCUGACGAUGCCAAUCUGUUGCUCUCAAAGUACGGAGAGUUCCUGUACGAGCAUCUCGUAAUUUUCGCCCCGUCUGUGGAAGAGUUCGGAGGAGCCGUCAGCGUGGAAACCAUAACUGAGUUCAUCGAUGGAGGAGGCAACGUGCUGGUGGCCGGGAGCUCCAGCUCCGGGGACAUUCUGCGGGAGCUGGCCUCGGAGGUGGGCUUCGAGGUGGACGAGGAGGGGGCGUCUGUCAUCGACCAUCUCAACUACGACGUCAGCGACCUGGGCAAGCACACGCUGAUAGUGGCGGAGCCGUCCCAGCUGAUAGACGCGCCGGUAAUAGCGGGGCCCAGGACUGUGCCCCCGCUGCUGUACCAGGGCACGGGCCUGGUGGCGGACCGGGACAACCCCCUGGUGCUGCAGGUGCUGACGGCUGACAGCUCCGCCUACUCCUACGUCCCGGACGAGCCCGUCAAGGAGUUCCCGCACGCGGUCGGCAAGAACACGCUGCUGAUAGCCGCGCUGCAGGCCCGGAACAACGCCCGCGUCGUGUUCUCCGGCUCGCUCUACUUCUUCUCGGACGAGGCCUUCACGUCGCCCGUGCAGAAGGCCCUGGGCGGCAAGCGGCACGGGGUGUCGGGCAACCAGCCGGUGGCGACCGCUCUCAGCCAGUGGGUCUUCAAGGAGCACGGCGUGCUGCGCGUCAGGUCCGUGUCGCACCACCGGGCGGGGGAAGCCGCCCCGCCCCAGGCCUACACCAUCAUGGAGGACGUGGUGUACACCGUCGAGAUAGAGAUGCUGUCGGGCGGCAAGUGGGUGCCGUACAGCGCUGACGACGUGCAGUUGGAGUUUGUGCGCAUCGACCCGUUCGUGCGCACGACGCUGCAGCGCAAGCCGGGCGGCAAGUACGAGGCGCGCUUCAAGAUCCCGGACGUGUACGGCGUCUACCAGUUCAAGGUCGACUACAACAGGAUAGGCUACACCCGCCUCUUCAGCACCACCCAGGUGUCGGUGCGGCCGCUGAAGCACACUGAGUACGAGCGCUUCAUCCCGAGUGCGUACCCGUACUACAUGAGCGCGUUCAGCAUGAUGCUGGGCGUGUUCCUCUUCAGCUUCGUCUUCCUGCACUUCCGGGAGGACACCAAGGCCAAGGGAGACUAGCGACGGACUCGCCUCGAGUCCCCGUGUUUGAGUUUUUAAUUAUUCACUGCGGUAUUUUUUUGUAUUCUUUAUAUGCUACAGUGGUGUGAUUUAUUUCGGCAAAAUCUUACAAACUUUAACAUUCCUGGUGCUCGCACAAAGUUGUGUGUAGUAUUGGGCAUUCAAUGUAUGAUUUGUUGUGUUGAAAUACAUGAUCCACUGUGAAUUGUU